UUCUUUUAAAUUUUAUAUCCGCAAUUGUCGUACCGCACGGGCACAACAAUUCAAUAAAAGAAUUCAGGAACACUUAGUCAACCGUCCAUCCGAUUUGAGCAAUCAAAGAGCCCUACUCAUCACCCAGCUAAAACAUCAGAAGGGGAAGAAAUCCAUGAAACAUACGAGGAGUUCUGCGAGGAUGAGGAUAUUUAUGGCGAAUCAUUGCUUGGGUUAGCAGGUGGCCGUCCGUAUGCAAGGCGUCGAGAUGUUUCCAAGUCUCUGGAUGAGCAGAGGGCCAAAGCUGAAGGAUGGAGGGAAAUUUUAAUGCGUAAAGGGCGACAAGAGCGUUUAAGCACUUCUAUGGGCGAUGUGAUUGUUCACAGCGAGGAGGAAGGAGAUCCUACUGAAUGUGGAAAACCCGGUGACAAUCGUGAUUAUUUGGAAAGUACACGUUCACUCACCUACCUUGAGUGGGUUCAUGAGCGACAAACUAGACGAAUGCAAACUCGUUCUGAGUGGUUUCUAUCACCUACUGCACCAUCAUGUACUAAUGGUGGAGCAUCAAGAAUUGAAGGCGGACGAAUGUGCUACUCUCGUAUAUCACAACGUUUUUCAGCUUCGCCCAUUCAUCUGCGUUUAUCUGCAAAGAAAGUAACACCAUCUCGAGAGGAAUAUACGAGGCAUUCAAAAAUUUCAUAA